CGGUAGACAGAUUGAUGGGAUUAUUUGCAUUAGCAGCAUUUAUUUGCUUUAACUCGUGAAUAAUCCUCUCACAAAUGCGCAUUGGCUCGAUGGAAAUGCACGAAAUAAAUGAGCAUUUAUACUGGAUUUUCUAAUUUGCAUUUGGCAACGCUGUCCAAAAUUGGCAUAUAUUUUCUAUUGUGAAUGGUGACUGUGGUUGACAGCACGGAAAUAAUUAAAAGAGAAUCCGAAAACAAGCAUAUCAGAAAUGGCCAGCGACAAAAAACGCAGUACUUGGAGCACCAGCGACGAGAAAGUGCUAUUGGAUUUAUGGGCGGAACGUGCGGAUGACUUGCGACGGGCGAAGCGCAAUCUGCAUAUAUAUGCGGAUAUAUCGACACAGAUGGCGUCAAAGUUUAGUGCAAAGGAGGUCCACAUAAAAAUAAGAAACAUGACCCAAAGAUAUAGAGAAGAAAAGAAAAAGGUAGGACCAUCUGGUGGGAGUCCCUCGCUGUGGAAACAUUUUGACGCAGUCCACCAAAUCAUCGGUUUCAACGCUGCAAACAACGCUGAGAUUUUAGAAUCUUUUUCAAUGGAUAUAUUGACAUCAGGACCGCAGCCGGUGCCAUCACCAUCAAGUUUAGCGUCCCCAUCCCCAGUGCCUCAGUCGUAUCCAUACGCUGCUGCUGCACCGUCAUCAACCGCAGCACAUCCAUCGCCACCAACCGCUGUACCUUCACCGUCACCAUCGCCUCAAACUUCGUCACCGCUUUCGUCGCCGGUGGAGUUGUCCAGUUCUUCGCCACUUGACACUUCGACUGCAGCUUCCACAUCCUCUAAAAGGAAAAGAAAUUAUAUGGGUGAGGUGGUGCAAUUAGCUAAAGAGCAAAACGAGCUGUUAAAAGUGGUCAUAGACGACGGAAAAGUUUUAACAGCAGAAUGCGUUAAUGCUAUUAAAGAGCAAAGUAGUGCGACAAAAGAAUUUAUUAGUUUAAUGAAAAGCGUUUUGGAAAAAAUGUAACUUAAAGUAGUAUACAGUAUCGGUCAUAUCUAUAGCACGCCAUUUCAAAGUGAUAU